CCUCGGCAACCAGCCCAGAACGUCCUGGACCUCGGCAAAAAACCGCUCCUCUCCGCGCCUUUCCCAUGUCCCCCUCCGCGCCGCCCGCCGCCGCCGCCGCCCGCGUCGCGAGCCCGGCCAAAGCGCUCCUCGGGGCUCCUUCAUCCUCACUCCCUUCUCGCUUCCCCUACGUCUCCAUGUCCGCCUCCGCUUCUCCCCGCGCCCCACCCCUCGCCGCGGCGGCCGGCGGGAGCCGCGCGGCGGCGGCGGCGGCGCCCUCCCUCCUCGCCGCCGACCCGGGCCACCGCGAGGCCGUCCUGCUCGCCGCGCGCGCGGCCAUGGGGAACUGCCUCGGGGAGACCCGCCUCGACCUCGCCGUCCCUGGGCUCCGCCUCGCCGCCAAGGGGAAGGUGAGGGACGUGUACGAGAGCGGGGAGCACCUGGUGCUGGUGACCACUGACCGGCAGAGCGCGUUCGACCGUGUCCUUGCUUCCAUCCCGUUUAAAGGCCAGGUCCUUAAUGAGACAAGCCUUUGGUGGUUCAAUCAAACCCGUCACAUUACUCCAAACGCAGUAGUGUCUUCUCCUGAUAAGAAUGUUACAAUUGCCAAAAGGUGCACAGUUUUUCCAGUUGAAUUUGUUGUGAGGGGAUUUGUUACAGGAAGCACUGAUACAUCUUUAUGGACAGUUUAUAAUAAUGGUGUCAGGAACUAUUGUGGAAAUGCUCUUCCUGAUGGCAUGGUAAAGAACCAGAAGCUAUCUGCGAAUAUACUGACACCAACGACUAAAGCUGCAGAUCACGAUGUCCCUGUCACUCCAGAUGAGAUAAUCAAAUCAGGGCUGAUGUCGAAGGAAGAUUUUGAUGAGGCAGGAAGCAAAGCCUUAAGCUUGUUUGCAUAUGGACAGCAAGUGGCCAUAGAGAAUGGAUUAAUUUUAGUUGACACAAAGUAUGAAUUUGGAAAGACAGCUGAUGGGACAAUCGUGCUGAUUGAUGAGGUUCAUACUCCUGACUCCAGCAGAUAUUGGAUUGCUAAUUCAUAUGAAGAUAGAUUUAAAUCUGGUCUCGAACCUGAAAACGUUGACAAGGAGUUUUUGAGGCUUUGGUUCAAGAACAACUGCAAUCCAUAUGAAGAUGUGGUUCUGCCGGAAGCUCCGGAAGAGCUGGUCUGUGAGCUAGCCUGGCGGUACAUUUUCCUGUUUGAAACAAUCACAAAUAUAAAAUUCGAGAUCCCAGAUACACAGGAACCCAUCCAUGAGAGGAUAUCGAGGAAUGUCGCUCAAGCCUUACGGAACCUGUAAAGCCUUGCGGAUGGGCGAUCCCGGAGCAGAGAUUUCUGACGGCAAUAAGAGGUGCAUUUCUGGUACUGAUAUUCCGGCGGUAGUAGUAGCAUGUGCACCAAACACACUGUGACACUGGUAUUUCCGUUUGUUGACAUGGAAAUGGAGUGAAGCCUCGUCUUGACUUGACAAAUAGUAGUAGCAUGUGCACGUGCCAUGUUAUGUAAUAUGGUAAUAAACUCUGUCAGGAUCCAGUUGUGUUGCCAUGCUCUGCUGUUUGUUCUUCUUGGACCAUGAAGGGAGAUAACUAAAUAGAGACAUGCAACAAGCAUGCUUGUAUGAGACAGGGAGAUAACAUUGUCAAAUGGCUGAGUUGACCAAGUUUCAUUCACGCUUUA